AUGCAGAGGCGGCAGCAGGCGUUUCGCUUCAGCUUACAGGUCUCAUGGACUCCCUGGAGCAAAGAGCGUCAAGUGGCUUGCCGGAACGACAGGCUCACGACUCCAGGGCGACCCGACCACUCCAAGUCUGCUCGGGACGGUCCCAACUCUGCUCUGGACGGUCCCAACUCUGCUCGGGAUGGUCCCAAGUCUGCUCGGGACAGUCCCAACUCUGCUUGGGAUGGUCCCAAGUCUGCUCGGGACGGUCCCAACUCUGCUCGGGACGGUCCCAAGUUCGCUCGAGACAGUCCCAAGUUCGCUCGGGACGGUCCAAGUCUGCUCGAGACGGUCCCAACUCUGCUUGGGAUGGUCCCAACUGCCCUACUCGACCCUUCGCGGUUUUACUACGCCGCUCAACUGUAUAGCCAUUUGCAUCAUCGCUUCGCUCAAGGCCUCUUCGCAUUAUCGUGUUUACCGAAACACUUCCCUGCCUCCUGCCCCCGACACCACGUACAGCUCAUCUGGUGCCACCCCUUUACUGUUCAGUCCCUCCGUUCUACUCCUUUACAGCUUCGUCCCUCAAUCCAAUCCCAUUACUACUUCGUCCUCCCAUCUAUUCCCUUUACUAUUUCGUCCUCCCACCCAACCUCUUUACUACUUCGUUCCUCCAUCCGGUCCCUUUACCCCUUUACUACUUCGUCCUCCCGUCCAACACCUUUACUAUUUCAUCCUUCCAUCCAACCCCUCUACUACUUCAUCCUCCCUUCCAACCCCUUUACUACUUGGUCCUUCCAUCCAACCCCUUUACUACUUCGUCCUCCCAUCCAACCCCUUUACUACUUCGUCCUUCCAUCCAACCCCUUUACUACUUCGUCCUCCCAUCCAACCCCUUUACUACUUCGUCCUCCCGUCCAACCCCCUUACUACUUCGUCGUCCCGUCCAACCCCUUUACUGGCUACGUCCCCUUGGAGUCGCAACUCCCACUUUGUUCCCGCCUCACCCUCGUGACCCCGCAAUAUCUCAGGCUCGUCUCGCUGCCUCUCCAGUAUGACGAGUGUAGUGAAGCUAGAACGUUCACGGUAGACCCAGCGUCCAGUGGGAAUGAAUGGCUGCGUCGUCAAUAUAAAAGUUUGGAGGUAAAUUCUUCAUCGAGUAUAGUCCUGCACCGCCGCAAAAGACUGCUGUACUUCACCCCUGAUAGACGCCUCACAUUUCCCCCUGGGGCGAUACUGGCGCUCACCCCCACCUUGAAACUCCCCUUCUGGAGGAACAUGCCCACUGGCUAUGGCACCGGCGUGACCAUCUCGAUUCCCUUCACUCUGAACUUCGACACCCUCGGUUGGACGGACGAGCUGAACCCAUUUGGCCUUUAUCCUUCUAUCUUCAGGCGUAAGCGCGGUCUCGACCCUCCUGCCUUCGGCUCCACAGCCGCGAUAUACGGGCUGGUGGCCGAGGUAUUAGACAACCUCGGGUACCCGGGCGAGCUUUGUCUGUUGAGGGCCGUGUGCGAGAUGCGGGAGGGGCCGCUGGCUGAAUCAUACGGCUGGAUCAAGGACAUGCUAGAGUGGGCCUUGACUAGUUUGAUUUUAAAAAUGGGACACGAGUUCAUAGUUUCAUCCUUCUAUCUUCAUGUCAUCCUUCUGUCAUCCUUCAUGUCAUCCUCGUCAUGUCAUCCACAUGUCAUCCUCCUUGCUCCACGAAUGUUUCAUCCUUCUAUCUUCAGGGGCAAGCGCGGUCUCGACCCUCCUGCCUUCGGCUCCACCGCCGCGAUAUACGGGCUGGUGGCCGAGGUAUUAGACAACCUCGGGUACCCGGGCGAGCUUUGUCUGUUGAGGGCCGUGUGCGAGAUGCGGGAGGGACCGCUCGCUGAAUCAUACGGCUGGAUCAAGGACAUGCUCGAGUGGGCCUUGACCCCUUCCAUGAACUCUAAGUCCUCUAAAGGACUCGAGAAAUAUUACAAGGCGGAGAAACUCGGUCGUACCCUGGACUGCUCGCGCUACUCGAACUGCUCCCUUGCAAUCUUUACAAGUGCUGCUGCUGAUAGAGGAGGGUCCAGCGAGUAUAGAAAACAUCGGAAGAAACCAGUGCCAGAAGAGUUAACAAAUGUCAUAAAGGCAUCAGAAGAAGGCAAAGUGCUUAGCAAACAAGAGAAGCUCAGAUAUAAAACGCUCAACAAAAAGAUGCUUCACGAAGAAAAUAUGAAGGAAGAACACAUGCCUGGUGAAGAGGACUUUGUGAAGUCGAGAACACCGAGCAAGCAAGCGUUCUACGAAAUUUCCCAGGAAAAAAUUACCGUGAACACGUUUGCAGAGAAGUUGAAACAACAAAGAAUGAUGGAAAAAAUACAAGCCAUAGCCAUGAUGCAGGCCUUUAAAAAAGUCAUUAGAUAAUGGUUAAGUAUACAUUCAAGUACAGAAUAGUUAUCCGUUGGAGUGACUGCGCCUCCAGUAGUCUACGCUGAUCACCGGUGCAAGAAAAGUUCCUGUAAGCUAUUCUCACGAGGCCAUCUUUUCUUCUUUUUGAAAAUGUGACUAUUGGUUGUCAAAGCAUAAGAGUCAGUCCAAGUGCGACCAUUUAUUUAGUCGUCAUUUUGGUACAGCAUUUAGUUAUGCAGCUUUGACUUUCAAGCCAUGAAUUUACUUGUAUGAAGAAAAGUUGUUAGCCUACAUAAUAAUGUUUGGUGAGAUCGAGUGGUAAAUGUUUAGUGAGACCUUGUAGAUCCACGAACGGUGUUGAAAGUUUGAACAGCUAAUUCUACUACGUACUAACCAGCUUACGAAUACUCGUCUUACAGAACAAAAUUAAGGUAUUAUUGGCACAAUAACUUUUAUUUUUUGUGAAUUGCGUUUUCAUCCUUCCUUAAAGCUUUAGUUGAAUGUGGCUGAGGAUGCGAGUCUCAUUUUACCCGCUACAAUUUUCCUACCUGGCCGAUCUGCAAAGGCAUUCCUUGAACGUGCAUGCUAAUUAUUGAUGGGUUAAGUAAUGGCAUUACGAAUAUUGUUACUUUAACAAGAAGAACUGUAAAGGCAUUAAUAAGUAUUACCAUUAAAGCGGCGGUGGUUGGUGCAGUUAUUUUAGUGAUUUGAAUCUUUUACGGGUUAAAUCACACAAACCUACCUUGAUUUUAUUAGGAAAUGACAUUAUUAUUUGUUUACCAAAUGCGGAUCUGCGUAAUGUAUGAUGGAAGUACCAAUGAACUUGUUAUAAUACGAGCACAUAUUUUAAUGGUCUUCAUAUAAAAUAAAAGAAUAAUGUGAACAAAUUCAAGUUUUUUACACAGCUGUAUUGAAUUAAAUAUUUUUUUUCUCCUAAGCUUAAAUUUCUUGCAUGCCAUUAUUUAGGUUGAUAAGAACUAUUUGGCCGUUAAUAAUCAGCUAUGUUUGUAAUGAAGUAUCCAUCACUAACCAUCGUUUACAAUCAAUCAGUUGCUCCAUGGAAGAAUUGAGCGUUGACCAGAAUAUUUAAAUACCUAUUUAUUUUAAUGUAAGAUCUGUUGUUUACAUUAAAGAUCUUACAUUACAGAUCUUACCUGUUGUUUAUGACCCACCUAAUAAA